AGUACCCGGAUUGAGGCAACAUGGCGAUCUCCUGGAAUAAAAAUUGAUGUGCCUAGAAGUAGAUUUGAAAGGUGGUUGUUCUUCAGAACAUCUUUCAUCAUAUCGUCUGAUCAUCUUAAAACACCAUGGCAUCGAUAGCAUUCAAAUGGGUGAUAUCAAAGAGAAUUCUCUGGAAGCAUUUAUUUCCAGUUCAAAACAGUGCUUUAUCUGGUGUUUGUCAUAAAUCCACAUUUUCUUCUCUUCCAGAUGACUAUAAUUGCAAAGUAGAGCUUGCUUUGACAUCUGAUGGCAGGACAAUAGUAUGCUACCAUCCUUCUGUGGAUAUCCCAUAUGAACAUACACAACCUAUUCCUCAACCAGAUCCUUUGCACAGUAAUGAAGAAACACAUGAUCAAGUGCUAAAAACCAGAUUAGAAGAAAAAGAUGAACACCUUGAGGAAGGACCCAUGAUAGAAAAACUUAGCAAAAUGUUCUUUACUACUAAGCAUCGUUGGUAUCCUCAUGGACAGUAUCAUAGACGUCGUAAGAAUCCGAAUCCUCCAAAAGACAGAUGAUAUUGAGACUCCUGGGAGAAUCAAAGAAAAACAUUAUCUGGUGUCUCAUUUGCCAUUUGAGAAACUGCAAUCUGGUGUAUUCACUAAUAUGUUAUUUAGUAAUAUAAUAAUAAAAUGUCUUUUCAUAUAUUAGAAUAUGUAUUUAUUAAUCCUGGACUUUACAUUUUAGAGAAAUGAUUUCAUUUAUUUUCCUUUUGAGAUAUUAAAGGCUACCACUUAUUUUUAUGUGUCUAGUAUGAGUAUUUUUACAUCAUCAUGUAAACAUUAUCAUUAGUAUAAAUAUGGUUAAUAAAAUAUGCAUGCUUCUUCUGAAGAAAUUUUUCAAAUUUAUUUUCAUUGGUGCAUUAGUUUUACCUAAUAGUGGGAAUCAUUAUGCUGUAUUUGUACAUACACAUAACAUAAUUUGAUCAGUUUCAUUUCAGUGUAUCUUCCUUUUUCUCCCUACCCCAUCUGCUUGCUCUAUCCAAUUUAAUUGGUACGUUGUAAUUAUAUAGAAAAGCUGUAGUCACUGCGGUUAUAUUUGUACCCGGACAUAGCAUAAUUUGGUACAUUUUGCUCCCCAGUACUUCCCCGUGUCCUCGCUCUUCCCUCCCUCUUGACUUCACGAAGGUGUUUCCAAGUUGCCUUUGAGAAUAAACUUACGAAGACAAUCCAGAAAA